CGCCCCGCUCUUAUUGGUUGGGUCAAAGCUUGGCGUGUCUCACAUACGUCAUCACGCACACAUCCGAUCUGUCCUUGAAGCUACAACAGACAAGAUGGUCGCAUACUGGAGACAGGCAGGCCUCAGCUACAUUCGCUUCUCCGCUAUCUGCGCCAGCGCGGUGCGGGCUGCACUGAAGCCGCAGUUUAAAACCGAAGCAAUCAAAGCUGCAGAAGCCAGCGUCAAAGUCCUCAAACCCAAAACAGCAUGAUGUGAUACUGUGGUGUAGAUAGUAUUUUCCUGGGCUGGUGGGAUCCUGUCACCAUCCUGUCCUGCACAGCAAUGGAGAUGGAAGAGAAGCUGGACAACAUCAAGAAGACGCGUUAAAGAUCGGGGACCUGAACGAAACUGCUUAUUUUCCCUUUGAUUUGUAAUUAAAGUUGUAUUAAAGAUGGAUAUUGGAAAUGCA